AUGAAUAACGAAUUUUUAUUAUUAGCAUUCAACGUAUCAAAUUGGAACCCAAGCGAAGAAGAAUGGGAUAGUUGUAUAAAGAAAUUAAAUGAUGAAGUUGAAAGAAAACGAAUUAUGAAUUUCAAAAGACCCAAUCCAAACUACAAUAAAGACCAACCCCAUUUACAACCACAAUGGCUAACUGGUAGAAUCAAUGAUUCUGCAAAGUCAUCAAUGGCUGGUAGACUAUUGAUCAUAGAGUUAACCAAAUCAAUGCUAACAAUAACUGACGAAAGUUCAAUUAGAUUUAAUAGAACUGAAUCAAAUAAACCAUACCUUUUAGGCGAUAAUAAAAACUAUAAUUUUAAUAUAUCUCAUGAUACAGAUUGGGUGGUUUCGUUGGGUUCGCUAAAUCUGCCAAUAGGUAUUGAUAUAAUGAAUUCUAAAAUACCAAGAAGACAAACAGCAAAUGAAUUUUUCGGAACAAUGUCAUCAUGCUUUACAGAUAAAGAAUGGAAAGUAAUCAAAGAUGAAAACAAUAGUGAAAAAAUUAAAACAGAUUUGUUUUUUAUACAUUGGUGUUUAAAAGAGAGUUAUAUUAAAGCAGAUGGUAAAGGAUUAGAAAUAGAGCUAAAAAGUUUAGAAUUCGAAAUAAAUCAAAACAAUCAAACAGCUCAAUUAUAUAUAAAUAAAAAGAAAAUGAAUAACUAUCAAUUUACAUAUUUUAAAUCAUUUUUAAAUCAUAAUAACCGAAAUGAUAAUAAUGAUAACAAUUAUAAAGAAGACAAUGAUGAUAUUUUAGCAAUAUGUGUCGAUGUUUCAAAAAUAAAUGAUCAAUAUAUUAAUAAUAUAAUAACUAAAGAUAAUUUACAGGUUAAAAUUUUAAAUUCAGAUUUUAAAAUAAAUAAAUAA